UGGAAGAAGACAAGGGAACGACAAGCUCGGUCAGGUUGGCCUGCAGCAAGCAAGCAAGCUUCUGUUUGAAUAAGACAAGUAGGGAAGAAAGUGCCCAUCCAAAUACACAGAAAGAAGUUUCAAAAAUUGACAUUUCGUUUCAUGUAAGAGGUAAGAUUUUUACAAUGGAAGAACAGUCUUCUGAGCCUGAAUUGAAUAGCUAGCUUCAUCGUUGUCCAUUCGUCUCCGUGUGGUUUUUUACUUAAUUUAUAUUCGACGCUGGGCUCCACAGUUUUCCUGUGUCUUUAAUUUAUUUACUAGUGGUUUACCAAUUUCUCAUCAUUGGUCCUUGUUAAAUUGCUGCUAUUUGAGCUUUCAAAAGCCUUUUUAGGCUUUGAGUGCUUCCUUUUCGUCUCUCAUUUCAUCAUCAGCAGAAGCAGCUUCAUCAUUUGCUGCCAAUAAUUUGUUUUUGAGCAUCAGAUUUGUUGACUCGAUUCAAAAUUCUUCCAAAAAGAGACUUGAAGUGAAAGCAUUUGGAGGUGAUUUAAGUUUCUGCAUCUUUGACCUACUCAAACAUCUACAGCAAGCUACCUCAUUAUUAGUCGAAUUCCUGUCCAGCGAGCAGAUUUCUUGUUUACCACCUUCUGGAUCUUGGGUUGGGUGGUACUGUUAGAAAUACACUGUAUGAUUCUUGAAGAAAUGCAAACGUGAGAGGUGCUGGUACGUAUUGUAUGUGAACUGAGAAUAUCUUCUGCAAGUAUUGUGAUCAAAAUGGCCACUCCCAGGCGAAGAUCCACACUUUCAAACAGCAGCACCUGGCAUGUGAGGAGGACAAAUGAAUGGAUGAGGUUAAUUCUUACAACGUCUGUAGGGAUUAUAUUCGGCUUCUUUUUGGGUCUAUCUUUCCCCAAGCUUUCAUUGACAAAGGUCAGUCUGUCGUCCAACAUAUUUCCCUCCAUUGAUCUUGCAUACAUGGAGGAUAAGUACUCGGGUAUCUCCACCCAGGCAGUGUUAAAUGUAUUGUCUUCUCUUAGAGGUCGACGGGGCCUAUCGCCCAAGUCUAAUGACACUAAGAUUUGGGUCCCAAACAAUCCUCGAGGUGCUGAGAGACUACCACCCGGUAUCAUUGUACCUGAGUCUGAUUUAUACACUCGCAGAUUAUGGGGUCUUCCUAGUGAGGACCUAAUUGUGAAGCCAAGAUAUCUCAUCACUUUUACAGUUGGCUAUGAUCAGAAAAAUAACAUUGAUGCAGCUGUAAAGAAGUUGACAGAAAACUUCAUGAUAUUAUUGUUUCACUAUGAUGGUCGAACGAGCGAAUGGGAUGAAUUCGAGUGGUCCAAACGGGCUAUCCAUGUGAGUGUUCGGAAGCAGACUAAAUGGUGGUAUGCAAAACGAUUCUUGCAUCCAGACAUUGUAGCACCCUAUGACUAUAUAUUCAUUUGGGAUGAAGAUCUAGGUGUCGACAAUUUCGACCCAGAGGAAUACAUCAAACUAGUGAAGAAACAUGGCCUGGAUAUUUCGCAGCCAGGAUUGUCCCCGGACAGUGGAAUGACAUGGCAGAUGACAAAGAGACGAGAAGACACUGAAGUCCACAAGGACACCGAGGAACGGCCAGGCUGGUGCACUGAUCCUCAUUUGCCGCCCUGCGCAGCUUUUGUCGAGAUCAUGGCCCCAGUGUUUUCACGGGAAGCAUGGCGAUGCGUGUGGCACAUGAUUCAGAAUGACUUAGUCCAUGGAUGGGGACUGGAUUUUGCUCUCCGAAAAUGUGUUGAGCCGGCGCAUGAGAAGAUAGGAGUGGUUGAUUCUCAAUGGAUAGUGCACCAAACUGUGCCUUCACUCGGAAAUCAGGGGCAGGCGGAGAAAGGCAAGGCGCCAUGGGAGGGGGUGCGCGAGAGGUGUAGGAAUGAAUGGAGUAUGUUUCAGGAUCGCCUGGCCGGGGCCGAGAAAGCUUAUUUUCAGGCUUUGGGUAUUGACAUUCCUGCCACAAAUUUUUCUACAUUUCCUUAGUCUUGGGAGUCUUGUUAUUGCACUUAUCAGUUGAUAUGUUAGUUCUGAUUUUAUAUAUAUAUAUAUAGUGUGUGUUGUAUUUGGUGGUUAGCUGUGCCUCUUUUAGGGUUGCUUUGGGUUAAACAUUUCAAAUGUGAAGUGGAAACCAUUGGCAUUGUUGAUUAAGGAAGUGAGUGAGUGAGUUCA